AUGUCGUUGCAAUCACACCAUCGUCGUCUUGCUCUCUUCUCCCUCAGACCUCUAAACGAACGAGCCAAAAAGGUCGUCAGCCAUCCUUGGAACCAAGACCUUGCGUCGAAGUCAACCGAUGGCACAAUUGUUCUCGACGUUGGUUUCCAUAUACGGUCAAGGUCCCAUCGCACCAUUGCAACGCUGGGGCGUGGCGAUGCGGACAUCUUUGUGGAGGGCACCAGCAUCGCCAAAGUCCAAUGCUCUUUCGAAAUCGAGACGAGCGCCAAUGUGAUUAUGCUUUAUGACAGAUCUCACGGUCAGACAACGCAGGUCUUUGGCGAUAAUGCUACAAAAUUCGAGCAUGGGCGCCCUCGUCGAGUAGUGGUUCAAAAAAAGCUGAACACUGGUUUGGGGAUGGGCGGCAAAGAGCAAGAUCUGGUCCAAUUCGAGUUGCUAUGGCAUCAAGAUCCUACUGAAACGGCGGAGAGAGUGAAAGACCGAGAGGAUAUCACAAGUGACUACGAGGAGAAUCCCCGCCUAGCUCGGACAAUUGAUGAGUUAGCAACGGUUUUACCAUCUCAAAGGCAAACCAGAAUCCAUACUCCAGGCCCUCGACAGCUGAUGAUGAGAUAUACAAAGGUUGCCACACUUGGGUCGGGACAAUUCGGAGUUGUAUAUAAGGCCAUCGAUAUCGACACGGGCAGGUUUCUCGCUGUUAAGAUAUUACAAAAACCUCACCGAGCAUCAAAAGAGGCUGAGUGGAGGCAGUCAUUGUACUAUGCGCUGAAACGCGAAGUCGAGACUUUAUCGCACAUAUGCCACGUUAGUCACCAUUCCAAGCCCUCCAGGGCUCGUGCUCUGAACUGA